GCGGAGCCAAAGUGAAACUCUACAAAGUCACCUGCAGCUCAGGUGAGAGUGUUUCAAAGAGGAACCUCAGGAAAAAAUAAACUCACGUUUAACAUGAAGCCGUGUGUCAGAAUCUUUCUCUGUCUGCUGUUUGGAGCUUCAGCUGCACAGGGGCCAAACCAGAACCACUUUAAAGACCAGAGACCGGACCGGACUGGAGUCCAGGAACCAGCAGCUCUCCUUCAAGAGAAGCAGUCUUUCCACGAGCCGUUAACCUGGAGGUUUCCUGAUCCACCGCCGGAGGACGAGCCCAACUUCCCUCCAGAGUUUGAGCUGAAGCCUCCCACGGCCGCCAGCAGCGUCAGCGCCGUCUGCGGGGACAGCACCGUGCGGGUGGAGGCCAAGAAAGACCUGCUGGGGAUCGGGACGCCCGUCCAGGCUGCAGAUGUGACACUGGGAGGAUGUCCGGUCACGGCAGAGGAUCAUGAAGCUCAGGUCCUGGUGUUUGAGUCGGAGCUGCAUGGAUGUGGCAGCCAGCUAAUGAUGACAGAGGACUCGUUCAUCUACGUCUUCACGCUGCUCUACACCCCGACUCCUCUGGGAGACAGCCAGAUCCUCCGAACCAGAGACGUCUCAGUCAGCGUCGAGUGUCACUACCAGAGGAAGCAUGAUGUGAGCAGUCAACUGUUCACGCCGACCUGGACUCCCUUCAGCGACUCCAAAGCUUCAGAGGAGAGUCUCUACUUCUCCCUCCGACUCAUGACCGAUGAUUGGCUGUUCUCCCGCCCGUCCGCUCAGUUCCUGCUCGGGGACAUGAUGAAGUUCGAAGUGUCCGUCAAGCAGUUUCAUCACGCUCCCCUCAGAGUGACGGUAGACACCUGUGUGGCCACCGUCGUCCCCAACAUCGACACCGUGCCUCGAUACGUCUUCCUGGGAAACAAAGGGUGCCUGUUUGACGGUCAGCUAACCAGCUCCAGCUCCCGGUUCCUGCCCCGGACUAAGGACGACAGCCUGCAGUUUGAGUUGGAGGGGUUCAGGUUCCAGCAGGACAACAGCGGCAUGAUCUACAUCACAUGCAAUGUGAGAGCCACAGCGGCGACUGCAGCGGUCGAUGCCACCAACAAGGCCUGUUCGUUCUCUGACAGGUGGAGGGAGGCCAGUGGCAGGGAUGACGUCUGUAGAUGCUGCGACACAGACUGUGGAGAUGGAAGCCAGAGUCAGCUGACAGGAACAGGAACUCAGUGGGAACAGGAAACAACUUUUGGACCAAUCACCGUGGAGGAGAGACCUCUCUGAGGAAAAACUCAAACCAAAAACUUUCACAAAUAAAGUUAAUGAGAUUAAAUCUCUCUUACUCUGA